CCCAGAAUCCGGCGAUCACGGGAAUAUCCGUCGCGCCGAGGACGCUGGUUAGUCUCGCUCCGGGUUCCGGCUGCGUUGGGCGUGCGUGCAGCUCGCUAAGACUAUGGCGUCCGGGCCUCACCCGACCGCGACCGCUGCCCCUGCCGCCUCGUCGGCCGCCCCGAGCGCGGGCGGCUCUAGCUCCGGGACGACGACCACGACCACGACGACGACAGGAGGGAUCCUGAUCGGCGACCGCCUUUACUCGGAAGUUUCGCUCACCAUCGACCACUCGCUGAUUCCGGAGGAGCGGCUCUCCCCUACCCCGUCCAUGCAGGACGGGCUCGACCUGCCCAGCGAGACUGACUUGCGCAUCCUGGGCUGCGAGCUCAUUCAAGCCGCCGGUAUUCUCCUCCGGUUGCCGCAGGUGGCGAUGGCAACGGGGCAGGUGUUGUUUCAUCGUUUUUUCUACUCCAAGUCUUUCGUCAAACACAGUUUCGAGAUUGUUGCCAUGGCUUGUAUUAAUCUUGCAUCAAAAAUUGAAGAAGCACCUAGAAGAAUAAGAGAUGUGAUUAAUGUAUUUCACCACCUACGCCAGUUAAGAGGAAAAAGGACUCCAAGCCCCCUGAUCCUUGAUCAGAACUACAUUAACACCAAAAAUCAAGUUAUCAAGGCAGAGAGGAGGGUGCUAAAGGAGUUGGGAUUUUGUGUUCAUGUCAAGCAUCCCCAUAAGAUCAUUGUUAUGUAUUUACAAGUCUUAGAAUGUGAACGUAAUCAAACCCUGGUUCAAACUGCCUGGGUAGUCCAUGAUGGUAAGUCAUAGAACUCUGCCCUCUGCACUUCAGCCCAUGACCUCAGGAUGGCCUGAUUGGCUGCCCUGCUCUCCAGCCAAUCCAGUGCAAGCUCUCAUCCGAGAUUCACUGAAGUGGUCCAUAUCCAUCUGGCAGCAUCUUCUAGUUCUGUCGGGGUGUCAAAAGGAUUUGUAUAUUUGCUUCUAGAAGUAACUAUUCAACGUGCCUGUGUAUAUGAUGUAUACCUGUAACUAUCAAAAUGAAUAGUUCAUUUUUGAUAGAUUUGUUGUCCAGCCAUUAUGAAUUAAAUGAUUUUUUUUGUUAGGAGUUUGACUUAGAUUUCUAUUUUUAGUAUGUAUAGCAAUGGAUGCUACCAAAGGAAAGUAAAAUUUGCAGCUUGAAAUGGGCAGCAUUCCUAUUCUGGAUGAAUUAUAGCUGCUGGACUAUUGAGGCAAUACUAAAAGAAGUACAUUUUUAAGAGAUGUUAAUAUUACCAUAAGUACUGUAGAACUUGGACUUUUGACAUGAAGAUGUUUGACUUAGAAGGCUAGCUUAUUUUAAGAUAAAGCCAGGAAUUUGGUCCAGCUACAACUACUUUCUUAAGACUGUUGAUGUGCAGGACUUACUUAAUUUUCAUGUUCUGGACUUAAUGACUGCUGUGCUUCUUUAGGACUUAGUAAAUAUUAGUAAUAUUAGAUAAGUCUAAUCGCUUUUAUAAAAUGCAUGACAUUUUUAAUAUAUGCUCGAUAGAACAUUUAAGCAAUUUUCAUGGGUAAGGAUUUUUAAGAAAUAGUCUAACCUUUUUAAAAUAGUUUAACCUUUUAAAACAAUUUGUGAAAUUUCUUUAAUACUUUAGGGAUAUUGUGGGGAGGGUUCACUAAUAAAGUCCAGCACUUUAUUAACUGAAGUAGUUUAUUGCUUUUGUUUGUACUUAGUCACCAAAAAAAGGUAUGUAAACAAGCCUGUUUUGUAUGUUUAUUGCUCUUCACUUCCCUAGAUUUUCUGCAGUAGCUUAGUUUUCUUAAUACAACUUGGUGGGUGCUUACUGAAAAUGCCUUUUUACCCCUGUCACAGUAUUUUGAGUUUUUGAAAGAACUUGGUUGACACUGCUUUUCAUUGUGGAUAAAGGAGAGAUGGUCAAUAAUUAAUGGCUUGAAGUACUGUUGGAGUGGUUUAUCAUUUCUGAAACUAGUUAUGUGAAAAUAGACUUUGAAAGCAUUGCUUUUCUUAGAAAUAAAAACUAUAGAAGUUC